CAGGAACAGUUAGUGUUGUUCCUCCCUGCAGAGAGACACACGGACUGAAAGACAGACGAUCAGAUUCACCUUCAGACCAAACUAACACCUUCCUCUGAGUUCAGCUACAGGAGAGAAAAGAGGGAGCUACAACACUGCUGCUUCAACCUGCUGACCCCCCCACCCUGAAGGGGAAGCAGCAACGUCAGCAGAGGAGGCGUGACGAAGCUCACCUGACUCACCUGAGACAAACCAGGAACAGUUAGUUGUUGUUCCUCCCUGCAGAGAGACGGACGGACUGAAAGACAGACGAUCAGAUUCACCUUCAGACCAAACUAACACCUUCCUCUGAGUUCAGCUACAGGAGAGAAAAGAGGGAGCUACAACACUGCUGCUUCAACCUGCUGACCCCCCCACCCUGAAGCUCCACUCAGAGACAACAUGGCUUCCAGGUUAGAGGAAGACCUCUGCUGUCCGGUCUGUCAGGAAGUCUUCAGAGAUCCUGUCCUCCUGUCCUGCUGCCACAGCUUCUGUAGAGCCUGUCUGCAGAACUGGUGGAGACAGAAACCAACACGAGAGUGUCCAGUUUGUAAGACAGAAUCUUCAAGAGGAGAACCCCCCUGUAACCUGGCUUUAAAGAACCUGUGUGAGACCUUCUUACAGGAGAGAGGUCAGAGGUCUCCAGAGGCUCUCUGCAGUCUGCACUCUGAGAGACUCAGACUCUUCUGUCUGGACCAUCAGCAGCCAGUGUGUCUCGUCUGCAGAGAUUCAAGAACACACACCAACCACAGAAUCAGACCCGUGGAUGAAGCUGCUCAGGAUCUCAAAGAGGAGCUCCAGAAGUCUCUGCAGCCCUUACAGGAGAAACUGAAGCUCUUUGAAGAAGUUAAAGUGAAGUUUGAUCAGACAGCAGGACACAUGGAGGCCCAGGCCCGACGCACAGAGCUGCAGAUUAAGGAGCAGUUUAAGAAGCUUCACCAGUUUCUAGAAGAGGAAGAGGAGGCCAGGAUGGCUGCACUGAGGGAGGAAGAGGAGCAGAAGAGGAGGAUGAUGGAGGAGAAGAUGGAGGCUGUGAGCAGAGAGAUAGCAGCUCUUUCACACACAGUCAGAGCCACAGAGGAGGAGCUGAGAGCUGAAGACGUGUCCUUCCUGCACAACUACAAGGCUGCAGUGGAGAGGCUGCAGCGCCCCCUGCUGGAGGAUCCACAGCUGCCCUCAGGGACUCUGAUAGACCAGGCCAAACACCUGGGCAACCUCAGCUUCAACAUCUGGAGCAAGAUGAAGGACAUGGUGUCCUACUCUCCUCUCAUCCUGGACCCAAACACUGCUCAUCCAGUACUCAUCCUCUCUGAAGAUCUGACCAGAGUGAGACGAGGAGGAGAGAGACAGGAACUUCCUGAUAAUCCAGAGAGGAUUGAUCAGUACCGCUCUGUCCUGGGCUCUGAGGGCUUUACCUCAGGGACUCACAGCUGGGAUGUCCAGGUUACAGACAGUACAGGCUGGUCACUGGGUGUGUUAGCAGAGUCUGUCCAGAGGAAGGGAGUUAUAAAGUCUGGAUUAUGGAGAAUAUGUUUCUAUGAAGGUAAAUAUUAUGCAUGUUCUCCAUCAGAUCCACCCACUCCUCUCCUCCUGCAGAAGAAGCUCCAGAGGGUCAGAGUGAAUCUGGACUGGAACAGAGGAAAGCUGUCGUUCUCUGAUCCUGACACUAAAACACACAUACACACCUUCACACACACUUUCACUGAGAGGAUGUUUCCAUACAUUAGCAGUCUGGAGGAAGUGAAGGUAUUACCACUGAAGGUGUGUGUGAGCAAACUCCAGACCUGAUGGAGUCCUUGGUCUGAUCAGUGAUCAGUUAAAAUAAAGAGACACAAGGCUAGUGACAGCAGCGAUGUUAUAACAUUGAAGUCUAAUGAAAUGCACAUGUAUAUGACUGUAAACAGAAAGCAGCAACAUGCAAAGUCUUUAGCAUAUAUGAAUUGAAAACAGGAAACUGUGUAAAAGAUUGUGAUGUUGAGUUCAGUUUUACAACAUCUGUUAGAUCUGACCAACCGUCUCUAAAUGUCUCAGCCGUUUAGCCCGACAUGCUGACCCUUAUAUUUGCUAAAGGUGAUCGGGGCUCCCAGUGGUUUCUGCUUUGAUCUGAUUUAUUAUUAGGAAAGCAACAGGUCAGCACUUCCUGUGUAUAAUCAACAUGUCAACUGAAAUUCACUUUUAAUGAUUUACUUUGUAGAAAACUGGUUGGUGUCAGGGCUGAUGUGGGUUCAACAAAAUAGGUACGGCUUCAUUCGGGGCCCCCCACUAUCAAACUGGUGACCCUUACAGAGUACAGUACUGUAAGCCCUGAGUACUUCUACUUUACUCAAGUACAAGAUCUGAGUACUUCUACUUUACUCAAGUACAAGAUCUGAGUACUUCUACCUUACUCAAGUACAAGACCUGAGUACUUCUACUUUACUCAAGUACAAGACCUGAGUACUUCUACUUUACUCAAGUACAAGACCUGAGUACUUCUACCUUACUCAAGUACAAGACCUGAGUACUUCUACCUUACUUAAGUACAAGAUCUGAGUACUUCUACUUUACUCAAGAACAAGAUCUGAGUACUUCUA